GAGUGCGUUUGAUGUCUCUUUUAAUCAAAAGUUUCUCUUUCGUCUGGAAGAUCUCAAAAAUUUCAGAUCUGAAAUCCCCUCUCCACCGUAAAGCUCGUGACAAUGGACGCCGGUUCGCAAUCCCUUCCAGAGGACAUAAUCAGAAACAUUCUCAGUCGAAUUCCGGCGAAAUCCCUGCUCCGAUUCCAAUGCGUGAGCAAACAGUGGAAGAGUCUCAUCAAAACCCCAUCUUUCAUCGCAGAGCACCUCCGCCAACAGUCCCCCUGUCUUCUUUUCCCAAGGAGAGGAGAAUGUCUGCCUUUUGGGUUGCAUCUGCUCGAUUGCGAGAUGCAGGUCAGACCGGUGCAGGAGCCAUCUUCGGAUUCCGGCAGCACCGUCGUCCGGCGUGCUAGCAUCGUGGGUUCCAGCAAUGGCUUGCUCUGUGUGAGAAUCGUCGCUUCAACGCGAUCUGUUUCGUUCUUCUUGUGGAAUCCAGCCAUUCAGGAGCUCCGGAUGAGUCCCGCACUUUCUGGUUCUGAUAAGGGUCACUCUAAUGUAGGGUUUGGAUUCAGCCCCAUUGUUAAUGAUUACAAGAUAGUGAUUCUUUGGUCUUCGGGUUCUCCUGUGGAAGUGUAUUCGAUAAUCUCAGGCACAUGGAAAGUAGUCGAACCUGAGGUUUCAAAGGGCAUUCGUGUUUGUUCUGUGCUCGUACGGCCAAGUGUGACUGCAAAUGGGGCUAUUUUCUGGCUUGGGAAGAAGGAUGGUGUGGGUGUGAUAGUUUCAUUUGACAUAGCAUUGGAAUUGUUCACAUUCAUUCCAUUGCCCGCUGCUGCAGACCCCCUUUGGUGUUCUAGGCUUGUGAUUUACGAGAACAAACUUGCUCUGUUUAUUAAACGUUCGUUAUCGGACAACUCAAAAUCUGAAUGGAUUGAUUUCUGGGUGAUGGACGAGAGGGACGUGGUAGCAAGCUCAUCAUCAUAUGGCGAGAGAUGGGGUUGGACUAGGAAAUUUAACACCGCCUUUCCUGGCAACGCAUAUCCCCUCAGGAUUUGGAAGAACGGAAUCAUCUGCGCGGUGUAUGAACGUGUUAGUGAGCUAUCAGCACGGGAGGAAACGGAACCGGGAAUUACUCUCUUCAAUGUCACUACUGGUGAACUUGGUACGGUUGUUAUACAUGACUCUUACAAAUGUUUCGAUUAUGUGGAAAGCCUGGUGCCAAUUGGGGGAAAAUGAGUUGUGUGCAAUAUUUAUGUAGGGUGGGUUUUCAAUGUUUUUUAGGGGCCAAGAAGUGAGGUUGAGAAGCUUAUAUAUGGUUUUAUAUUAUGUUGUUAAAAUAAUCCCUUUUCAUUAAAAUGUAUUGUUAAAAUAUUCCAUUUUCAUUUAAAUAUAUUGUUAAAAUAAUCCCUUUUAAUUACUCUUUUAUAUAAUCAAGAGUAUACAUACAUUCUUCAGAUAUUGUAUGACUCCAUUAACUAUGGAACUUAAAAGAGACAUUUUGACCAUUCAUAUUCUUUAUUAUAAGAUUUUUUUUAGACAUUGGAACGCAAAGGUAUAUUUAUCAUGCAACAAAAAUAAAUGGGGACUCAAAGG